AUGUCCACAUUUAUAGGAAAAUUUUGUACAAAAAUUUUUGUUUAUGUAUUUAUACUAUUAACAACAUUUUUUAUUUAUCAAUCAGCUGCUGAGGAGAAUGGAGAAAAAGAAAAACCAACUAGAUAUAAUCUUAUUACAAUUGAUUUUGAGAUAGUAAAAAGUCCUAUGAUUAUUGUUAUGUGGCUUCUUAUUGCUUCAGUGGCAAAAAUAAUAUUUCAUUUGAUAAAAGGACUUUCAGAAAUAUUUCCUGAUUCAGCUCUUCUUAUUAUGGUUGGAUUGGCAAUAGGAGUUGUGUUAAAUAUUAUAGGUGUCUCAAAAUCAACAUUUUUUUUAGAAUCUGAAAUUUUCUUUCUUUAUGUUUUACCACCACUAGUUUUUGAUGCUGGUUAUAAUAUGCCAGCAAGAGCCUUUUUUGAUAAUAUUGGUUCAAUUUUGGCAUUUGCUUUAGUUGGAACAACAUGGAAUAUUGUUGCAAUAGCCUUAUCAUUAUGGGCAAUAUCAUUAACAGGAAUUUUUUCUGUUCAAAUGAAUCUUCUUGAACUUUUGUUAUUUGGUUCUCUUAUUGCUGAUGUAGAUCCAGUUGCUGUAAUUGUUAUUUUUGAAGAAAUGGGAGUUAAUGAGGUAUUAUUUAUUUCUGUUUUUGGAGAAAGUCUCCUUAAUGAUGGUGUUUCUGUUGUUCUUUAUAAUAUGUUUCAAGUUUUUGUUGAAAUAGGUGAUGAAAAUUUAAUACCAACAGAUUAUGUUAAUGGUGUUAUAUCAUUCUUUAUUAUUGCUCUGGGUGGUGUUGCUGUUGGAUUAAUUAUGGCAUUUAUUGCUAGUUUUAUUAUUAGAUUUACUAAACAUGUCUCUGAAUUGAAUCCUAUCUUUAUUUUUUUGGUACCAUAUCUUUCAUAUUUAAUUUCUGAGAUGCUUGGACUUUCUUCUAUUAUGGCUAUCGUUUUUUGUGGAGCACUUUUAAAGAAAUAUGUUAAAUUAAAUUUAUCAGAAAAACAAUCUGCAUCAAUAAAAUAUUUUACCAAAGUUUUGGCAUUAUCAUCAGAAAUUGUUAUUUUUAUAUUUCUUGGUAUGAGUACAAUUUCCUCUGAUCAACAUUGGGAUACAGCUUUUGUUGUUUUAACACUUAUUUUUUGCCUUAUAUAUCGUUUCAUUGGAGUUGUUGUUUUGUCAAAUUUCCUUAACAAAUAUAGAUUAAAAAAAAUUACAAAAGUUGAUCAAUUUAUUAUGUCAUUUGGUGGAUUACGUGGUGCUAUUGCUUUUGCUUUAUGUGCCUCACUUCCAGAUGAUAUUGAAGGAAAACCAUUAUUUUUAUGUACAUGUUUAUGUGUUGUAUAUUUUACAACAUUCUUUCAAGCAUUAUUAAUUAAACCUAUUGCUGGAUUUUUACAAGUUGAAAGAAAAAUUAAAGGAGAAAAAAAUAUGAUUGAACAUAUUUAUGAGAAUGUUAUUGAAAAUACAAUGUUAGGAUUAGAAGAAAUUACCGGACAUCGAUCACAUUAUUAUUUAAGAGAAGCAUUUGAAAAUUUUCAUCAAAAAUUUUUAUCCAAACUUUUGGUUUCUAAGGCAAAUUUAAGAGAAAGUAAAUCAAAACUUGUUAGAUAUUAUGAAAAAAUAUCAAAAAAUAAAAAUGAAAUAUUUUCACAGGAAUUAAAAGAAAAAUAUGUUCCACAUACUGAAAAUAGUAAUAAAAGUUAUACAAUGUCAGAGAAAGUUUUUAGUGGAUAUGAGUCAGGAUUGUAUGCUCCUAAUGGUCGUGUUAUGUCAAGAAAUACCUUAUCAAAUAUGACAGAUUUUAGUUCAGAGGAUGGUGAAAUAUCUUUAACACAAAGUAGGUACCGAUCAAGAUCAAGAAGAUUAAAAGAAAAUAUCUUACCAGAAAGUAUCAAAAAACAAUAUAAUCAAAGUCUUUCACCUAUACCUAAAAUUCAUCGAACAGAACAUUAA